AAGACCAGCCAAUCGUAUGGCUCGACCUAGAGAUGACAGGCCUAGACUGGACGCGUGACCAGAUACUGGAGAUCGCUAUGGUCGUCACUAACGGUAACUUGGAUAUAGUACAUGACGGGUUUAGAGAAGUAGUCAGAACAGAGAAGAGCGUGCUAGACCGCAUGGGCGAAUGGUGCACGACACACCACACCCGCUCAGGCCUCGUAGACCAAUGUCUAUCCUCAUCCUUCCCACUGCAGGAAAUCGAGUCCCUCGCUCUCUCCUACCUCAAGCACUGGGUGCCCUACCAGGGGAGUGCGGUCCUGGGGGGAUCGAGCGUGCAUGUCGACCGCGCGUUUUUGCAGAUGGGAAUGCCAAGGUUGUGCGCUUGGCUGCAUUAUAGGAUCGUAGAUGUGAGCUCGAUAAAGGAACUGUGCAAACGCUGGUAUCCCCAAAUCUCCACUUCUGCAAACCUAGACAGGAAACAACCUUCCCAUCGCGCGCUCGCAGAUAUCCAAGGGUCGAUAUCCGAGCUGAAGUUUUAUAGACAGCUGAUAUUUAGAGACCCGGCGGAGGUUAGGGCUCCGGACGGGUCACUUUAGAGAAACUGCAGGUGCAGGAGCAAGAGCAGGACGGGGAGAGGCAGGAGCAGGCCAAGGAGCCGUAGUCGGUGAGAGAGGAGUAGCUGAGAGCAGGCGCGCGGGAGCGCCAGGACUAGCCAGCCGGAGAGGACGUGUACAUGUCCACUCUUGCAUUCUUAGUAAUGUACUCAUUC